AUGGAAAAUUUAAAAUAAUAGCAAGCUGGUUUAAGAGACCAUCAAAAGUACCAGCAAAGUUAGGAUAUUGUUUAGUUGAGGAACGAAAGCAAUGACCACAACUGGAAGAAAAGAUAUGUUCAGGACAUGAUAUAUAAGCAGAUGGAGAUAUCACAGUAUUAGUAAGCUUGCUUGCAUUGUUUUAAGCAGUUUAGUUGGAAUUUUAUUGACACACCCGAGUUCAAGAGAUUGCAUGACAUCAAGUAACUUGGCACUCUUUAUUAUGUCUUCCCAGGCGCAACCCAUUCAAGAUUCUCGCACUCACUUGGCACUGGGUAUUUAGCGACUGAAUCCAUGAAGCAUUUACGCGACAUAGCAGUGGAAGAUGCAAGGUAUAACUAAGUCUACAAGAAAUGCUAGGAGGCUGCUCUAGAUAUCGAUGAUUAGGAUAUUAGGAAUGUGGGUUUGGCAGGCUUAAUGCAUGACUUGGGUCAUGGUAUUUAUUCGCAUUUGCAGUAUGGUAUAAAGUGGGAGCAUGAAGACGCAUCAGUAAUGAUGCUUCAACACCUCGUUGACCAGAAUCACAUAGAUAUUGAGCAGGACGACUUGAACUUUGUUUCUAAGUUGAUUAAGGGAGAUGUUCCUUCCCAAGAUCACCCUAAAAGAUGGAUGUUUGACAUAGUGGCUAAUAAAACUAACAGUCUAGAUGUAGACAAGUUUGACUAUCUGCAGAGAGAUUCUAAGCACAUGGGAAUAAAAACUGUGGGUUUCGACUACAAUCGUAUUAUUAAGAACUCAAGAGUUAUUAAUGGCCAGCUCUGCUACAAUUAGAAAAUAUACUAUGAGUUGGCGCAAGUAUUCCACACUAGAUACAAGCUUUUCAAGGAUACCUAUACCCAUAGAGUCUGCAAAGCAAUUGAUUACAUGAUAGUUGAUGCUCUAUUACUAGCAAACAACUAUUUUAAAUUCCAAGAGAAGAUAUUCGACCCAUUUGCAUACACAAACUUAACUGACAGCGUGCUCUCACAUAUAGAAAUGAGUAAAAAACCUGAACUAAGAGAUUCAUAGAAAAUAUUGAAAAAUCUGAGGGAAAGAAACAUAUAUAGAUAUAUUGAUUAGAAACUACUGGUUGAAAAAGAUCUCAACAAGUAGAUUACUGCAUAAGAAAUAGUAGGCUACUAGGAUGUAAGCAAAUUCAAUGUAGAACUAAGGCCUGAAGACAUCAUAGUUAGCUUCCAUACUUUAAACUGGGGAAAAGGCAAUGAAAACCCCUUGAAUGCAGUUAGAUUCUAUAGAUAAAAUGAAAAUGAUAUAGAAACUUUCUACAAAACAAGAUAAGAAGUUGGACUUUGCCACCCAAAAGUCUAUCAAGAACAUUAUUUAAGAGUCUUUGUUAAAGACGAGACCAAGUUUGAUGCAGCAAAGCAUGCAUUUGCCACGAUGUGCAAGAAAUAUAAACAUUAGCUUGGAGAAAACUCUUUCUCACCAGAACGCGGUAGACUAUACGCUUCUCAGAGAAGACUAAGUUAGGACAACAAAGCCUUCUUAAGCCAAAAUUCAAGUGCAUAUAAGCGUGAAAAUUCUCUCAAACUAGAAAAUUUGGAGGCUAAACUUCUUUAAUCAUAGCAAGAUAUUUGGGAUCAGGAUGAAUUCCUAAACAAUGGUCAUAAUGGCAAUGGUAGCGGCAAUGGGCUUGCUGCUAUCAAUAAAAGAUUAAAAUUUGAUCAAAAGUAGUGA